AUGUGGAGACAUCCUGUUAAUCAUCGUGAUGAAAUUAGACGAGCUUAUAUCAAAAUGGGGCCAUAUCAACCCAAAUUGCAGGAGUACCCACGGUCUGAAUCAGGAAAGCAACAUUGUCGAUUUCAAUAUACAUGGUUUAAAAAAUUUCCAUGGUUAGAGGACUCUCCUUCAAAGGAUGCAGCAUUUUGUUUUCCAUGCUAUCUUUUUGAAUUAAGUGAAACACAACAAUCUGCAUUUACAAUAGAAGGGUUUAAAAGUUGGAAACGUGUUAAUGAUGGAGCCAAGUGUGCCUUUUUGUCGCAUAUGGGAAGUUAUAACUCAGUGCAUAAUAAAUCUGCAAAAUCAGUUGUUGAUGUGAUGAAUGUAACUCGGCAUAUAGAUAAAGUUAUGAAUCGAGAAUUUUCUGAACAGAUUCAAAAGAAUCGAUUAAGACUUGCGGCAACAAUUGAGAGUGUCCGUUGGCUUAGUUUGCAAGCAUGUGAAUUAAGAGGUCAUGAUGAAUCUUCAGCUUCUCAAAAUUGUGGUAAUUUCAUUGAGAUGCUAAAACUUUUGGGAAAAUGGAAUGCUAGUAUUGGCGAUGUAAUCUUAGAGAAAGCACCGAGAAAUGCAAAAUAUACCUCACCAGAAGUUCAAAAAGAAAUCUUGCAUAUUAUUGGUAAUAGAGUCAGAAACAAAAUUCGUGCUGAAAUUGGAGAUUCUAAGUUUUGUAUUUUGGUGGAUGAAGCGAAGGUUAUAUCUAACAAAGAACAGAUGGCUAUAAUUUUGAGAUUUGUUGAUACUCAUGGUUUUUUACGGGAGCGUUUUUUCCAAAUUGUGCAUGUUCAUGAAACCACAGCUGCAACACUUAAGAAAGAAAUAUGUGAUGUACUCACCAGAUAUAAUCUAGAAAUACACAAUAUUCGGGGUCAAGGGUAUGAUGGUGCUAGUAACAUGUGUGGUGCUUUUAAUGGAUUGCAAGCUUUAUUUCUUAAAGAUUGCCCCUAUGCAUAUUAUGUACAUUGUUUUGCCCAUCGACUCCAACUAGCGUUAGUUGCAGCUGCUGAAAAUGAGAUCUCUAUAUGGCUUUUCUUUUCAAAUUUGACGACUAUUGUUAAUCUUGUUACAUCUUCGUCCAAACGCAAUGCUGAGUUACAAUCUGCUCAAGUUAAUGAAAUUGCACGUUCUGUUGUUGCUGGUGAACGUGAAACUGGACGAGGAGCUAAUCAGAUUGGUACUUUGCAUCGAGUAGGAACUACUCGUUGGAGCUCCCAUUUUGAUUCUAUUUGCGACUUAAUAGAUAAGUAUAAUGCAACUAUUAAUGUGUUUGAAAAUAUUAUCAUUGAUGGUUCCUCUACUUCGAUGUGUGGGGAAGCUGAUUUACUUUGUCGUGCCUUGCAACAAAAAUCUCUUGAUAUCGUAAAUGCAAUGGAUUUGGUCUCUACAACUAAAGCACUUCUUCUGACAUUGAGAAAUGAUGAGAUGAGUGCUCGUUAUAAGCAUUCUAGUCGUUCAUGCCAGCAAAAGGAUGCCAUCACAGUUGAGCAUCACUUUCAUUAUGAUAUAUUUAAUGCUGCAAUAGAUUUUCAAUUGGAAGAGUUAAACUCUAGAUUCAGUGAUGAGACAGUAGAACUUCUUAUGCUUAGCUCUGCUUUGGAUCCAAAAGAUAAUUUUAAUCGGUUCAACAUUGAUAAUAUUUGUAAUCUCGCUGAGAAGUAUUAUCCUGAGGACUUCACUGAACAGGAAAUCCAUAAUUUGAUAUGUCAGCUACAACAUUAUGAGCUCGAUGUGGAUUCGACUUACAAAUACUUCGAGGUCAUUACUGUUGAUGCAGCUCAUAGUAUCAUUAUCGGCAAUGACCCAAGGAUUAACUCCAGAGUUACCAACUUGCUUUUAUACGUCCCUACAGCCUCCACUAACGCCCUUUUUCAACCGUCGUUGUCAUCAAUAAUCUUGGGCAGGGUCACCUCCCAUCUUAUGUCCGACAAUGAGCUUGGCAACAUCGCCGCUUCUACCUUUAUUCCAUCGUCGUCGUCUCUCUUGGAUAAGGAGGCCAUAGAUCUUAUAACAGAGAACAAUGGUCUCAUCAUCACCUUUCCUACCAGUACUAUUGUUCAAGUUUCUAACGGCAAUGUCAUCGUCAGCGCCUCUGCCACGAGGCCAUCUUCUCAGGCCAAGCUCGUCAACUCUAAUAACGUUGCCAAUAUCGUGGAACAAUUCCUUGAGGAGAAUGACGAUGACCUCGAUUGGAGUUGGAUAUGUAACAAUUUGUAG